AUGUCCGAAGCAGAUCUUAGUCAGAUCCUCGGUGGAACAGGGAGUCGAGAGAGCCCGGGUCGUGGCUUGCCAGGCGCGACAGCAUGGGGUCGCCGUGUGAGGGACAGAUCCCUAUCAAGUCCUCUAUACCGUCACAGAUAUGUAUCUUGUACGUUCGCCGACCCCUUCGACGGACCAACCUCUCCAUCCGCAGAGCUCCGCAUGUUGAGUGAAUUACGGGCCACGAGAUGCUACGAAGCAGUCUCGGUGAUAACCCUCGGCGUCAACUGUCCCGAGACUGUCCAAUCCCUCAUCGUCUACCUGCUAGAGAAUCACAUCCUCCUCGACCGACUCGCUGGUCACUUUCACGACACAUAUGGACGAGCGGUCGCCAACCUGUGGGAGGCAUAUCGAUGCGCACUGCGCGUGUUCGACAGUAGCGUUGCUGGACUGGGUGGGGGUCCGUUUGCUCCCAGGGACGAGGGGAACGUCGCAACGGAAGAUCAGGUCUAUCUUUUCUAUCGUGAGGGGAUUGACACGGGGAUUGAGAUCUUCUAA